AUUAAAUUAUGAAUUAAGUAAAAUAUUAAUCAAACCACUGAAAAUAUGUCACAAUGACACAUUAAUAUGGCACGCGAUUCCCAAGCGAGGGAUGACUUUGGAGCAUUGUGUGUCAGUCAUGCAGUUAUUUUGGAUGUCACUCUUAGCAACUAUAAAUGGAGUUGGUUCAGCUGAUUCCCCAAUCAGUUAACGAGAUGCGUUUGCUAAUCUUGGUGGUCAUCUGCCUAAGCAUCUGCUCCCACUGCAUUUCCAGCCUCAAGUGCCGAUCGCAGGAGGGCUUGGGCGAGGCAGAGUUGAAGAGAACCGUUCGGAGCUGCAUGCGCCGGCAGGACGACAACGAGGAUCGAGGACGCGGACAGACAGGCCGGCAAGGAGGCGGUUAUGGCUAUGAUUUUGGGCGCAAUCAGGAUGAGGAUCAGGAGCAAGAUCGGGAUAGAAAUCAGGGAGGUCGCGGUGGCUAUGGCAACCGGUGGCAGCGUAGCUUGACCCGGCAACAGGAAGGCAGGAACAACACUGGAGGAGGCUCUGGAGGCGAUGGAGGUCAGUGUGUGGCCCAGUGCUUUUUCGAGGAGAUGAAUAUGGUGGAUGGCAAUGGGAUGCCCGAUCGGCGCAAGGUGAGCUACUUGCUGACCAAAGAUCUGCGCGACCGGGAACUCCGCAACUUCUUUACGGACACCGUGCAGCAGUGCUUCCGGUAUCUGGACAACGUCGGUCGGAGCAGGCAGAACAAGUGCGCCGUCUCCCGGGAGCUGGUCAAGUGCAUGUCGGAGUACGCGAAGGCGCAGUGCGAGGAUUGGCAGGAGCAUGGCAACAUGCUCUUCACCUAGGUUCUUGCCCACACUUACCCCACUCUUUAAGUCCUCGCAG